CCCCCUGAACUAAGAACCUUUUUAAGAGAAAGUUAGGUUCUGCUGUCUGCCUCCCGACUCAUUAAAAAAAAAAAAUUAACUAAUAGCAACGGGGAAAUGACGGCUUUAUCCACACAGCUUGAUUUACAUCAAUAAAUUAAUAAUAUGAAUUAAUAUGAACCAGGAAAAUAAAUUUGUACUCAUAAUUUGACAGGAUUUUACCCUUUAGUUCACUGCUGUAAUGCUUUAGAGUGACAAUACUCUUGUAUCAAGAUCAAGUAUAUAUGUAUUCCUAAAUUUAUUUUAUUUCAUUUUCCAGGUUUUUAAGAGAGACCUAAGCCAAGAGGGCAGCAUAAAAAUACAUAAGGGGGCAACUACAAACGAGUAUAAAGAAUAUCCUGUUAGGAUGUCAAAGAAGAAUGUUAAAUUGAGCCACUUAGUUUUUAAAAUCACAAGGCUAAGACCCAACUAGUGAGGUUUGGUUUUAACGUUCAUUAUGUCUGUCGUUUCAUAUUAAUUUCUAAGAAAUCAGCAGGUGAAUCCUGGACGAGCUGGGACGUCUGCAUGCCUCCAGGACUGUUGAAAGACAUUCAAGUAUUCUGGAAAGAGUAAAGGCAGGAGAUCAGAGCUGAAGGAACACUUGGAUAUCACGGAUACUUGGAUUGCUUAUUGGCCCUCAGUGCAUGAAGCUUUUCCUGUGCUGCUUCUGCUGAACCUGAACAAUGCAGUCCAUCAGAGACUUGAAGCCCAACUUCAGCGGCCCUCCUCCCUCCUCCAUGGCUGCCGGCCCUGAUGCCUAUCUCCAGGGCAACAUCAGGAUGACCCUGGAGGACCCUGAGCUCUGGAAGAGCUUCCAUGAAAUAGGAACAGAGAUGAUUAUCACUAAACCGGGCAGGAGGAUGUUUCCACACUGUAAGAUUAACCUGUCCGGCCUUAUUCCGUGUGCCAAGUACAUCUUACUGGUUGACAUGGUGCCUGAGGAUGGUUUUAGGUAUAAGUGGAAUAAAGAGAAAUGGGAGGUGGCGGGGAAAGCGGAGCCCCAGCCUCCCUGCAGGACCUACCUCCACCCCGACUCCCCGGCCCCGGGGAGCCACUGGAUGAAGCAGUCCGUCUCCUUCCUCAAACUCAAGCUCACCAACAACACACUCGACCAGCACGGCCAUAUCAUUCUGCACUCCAUGCACAGCUACCACCCGCGCUUCCACAUCGUCCAGGCGGAUGACCUGUUCAGCGUCCGCUGGAGUGUCUUCCAGACCUUCACCUUCCCUGAGACUUCCUUCACGGCAGUCACAGCGUACCAGAACACCAAGAUUACGAAGCUGAAGAUCGACCACAACCCAUUUGCAAAAGGUUUCCGGGAUGAAGGCACUAAUAAAAAAAGGCGUUCAAGCAAGAACCCAACCUGCCUGGAGAAGCAAGCCAAGAUGUCAGACAUUUUGAACAGAGACUCAGAGGAGGACAGUCCACCAGAUUUCUGCCGGUCAUCGUAUGAGGGUUACGACGGAGAGGAAGGAGACCUGCCCAAAAGGAAAGAGGCUGACGGCGUCAAAGAGGAGCGCUACUCCCCGUGGGCUGCUGAGAGGGAGCACAGCGUGAGGACUGAAUCCCCCGCCGGGGCUGACCCCAGAGACAUGUACAACACAGAGCAGCUCGUACCCGCUCCGGCUUCCUACCAGCCGUACAGGUUCCACGAGUACGGAAAGUCUCCCUCCCCCUCCUCCAGCGUCGGCAGCAGCAGCAGUGGAUCAGGACGCAGCAGCUUCGAGUCCAGAGUCCCCGACGUCGCAACCGUCCCAGAUCACGAGUCUUCAAAGCCCCGCACACACGAGGUCGGCCCGUCCCCUUGCGGCCCGCAGCACCUCCCCGCCCCCCAGGACUACACCGGGGUCCUCAACAUGACCAUGGCCCAGGCUGGCAAGCCAGGGGUGAUCGGCCACCACAUCUACAGCCCGUACGGCGCCGAGCAGCCCCUGGGCCAGUGGAGCGGCCCCGGCGCCGCCCAGUAUCCCCCUCCUCACCACCUGACCGCCGACUACGCCACGCAAGCCGUGCACCACGGCUAUCACCAUGGCAACGUGGCCGAGUGGAGCCAAUACCCGCUGUUCUCCUACUCCUGCUGGUGAAGGAAUCUUAACUGACUGAGGGUGACUUUCACCGAUGCUGCUGCUGCUGCUGCUGCUGCUGCUGCCAUCUUACCAGAACGCUGACCCAGUGCUCACAGCUAUGAGAUUGCAUGCCCAGACGAGACUGAGGGCCAGAGACCUGCCCUGCGACAACAAUAGAAAAAGUGAAAGAUGAAGAAGAAGUGUCGCUGCCUUCUGUUCAGCCUGGCAGGAUUGAGACUCCUCCAGUGAUGCUGACUGAAACCACAAAGUGUGCUACGCCAUGCUGUUUGAUUGUUUAAUUGUUGGAUUGUCUAUUUAUUUUGUAUUUCAUCUCAUUUCCCAAGUUUAAAUAUUAUUUUUGUAAAAAAAAAAAAUUGUGUGCAAUUUAUGUGUGUCUUCAAAUUGUGAUGUGAUCUGAAAAUAAAAACC